CAGCACCAAAAAAACCCAAGACUAUUCUACCCAGCCUGGUGCCUAAACUCUCACUCUCACGCUUCGCUCUGAGCGCCGUCACUCCCCAACUGUAACUUGUGGAGGCUGAAGUGAAGUCCUCCCGCAUCUAGGACCAGUGACGCUAGUGAAUGGGCUGCUGCGCCACGAUUGGCUGAGCUAGUGACGCCGUUUCCUAUUUGAGCGGGCACUCACGUGGCGCUCUCCUUGUCUGCCUUGCCAAGCUUGCAUGAUCCGGCUGCCUACAGCCUCAUGUGAUUCUACUCGAGUCACCCAAGUUUUAUAAGCACUUGGAUUCCUCUCCUUCUUCCCUCUCUUUUCGUCUUUCCAGCAACCCAACACUGACUUCUCCAUCAUGUCGUCCUACUUUCACGACCAGCGUCGCUUAUGCGGGUGUUGGUUUGUCACCAAAGAGGCCGCAGUUGCAAGACAGUAUCUUCCUCAGAUCGAAUUGUCCUCUCACACAAACAUCCUGGCUACAACGUCCCGCACCACACUGACGCAGACUUUUGUCAACAACCAAGACCACAGCCUUGAGGAGGUCCGCUACACAUUUCCACUCUACGACGGAGUCAGCGUGGUUGGCUUUAAGUGCACUGUUGGCUCCAAGACCAUCGUCGGGGUAGUCAAAGAAAAACAACAGGCGAGGGCAGAGUACCAGGAAGCGGUGGAGCGGGGCGAGACUGCAGGUCUGCUCGAACAACUGCCUGAAGCCGCUGAUGUUUUCACCACGUCCGUCGGCAAUGUCCCUGCGAAGGAGAAGCUCCAUGUCGAACUGGUUUAUCUCGGCGAGCUCAAACACGAUGCCGAGACCGAUGGCUCUCGCUUCACCAUUCCGACCAUCAUUGCGCCUCGAUAUGGGUCACUGUCGAGUGACUCCGCUACGGCCAUGUCCAGCACACAGAUUGACAAAGGCCGCAUCGCCAUCUGUGUCGAUGUCACCCUUGAAGAAGGCUCGAUCGUUCAGGGUCUACAGUCUCCAAGUCAUCCCAUCGCAGUCACCAUGGGCCGCACCUCCGUCAUGGAAGAGGACUCCUUCAACAACAACCAUGCUUCAGCGACGCUCACACUUGGUACCAGCGAACUCCAGAAAGACUUCAUCGUUGUUGUUCUCGCCAAAGUCACUGGAAAUCCGAACGCCUUCCUCGAGACACACCCUUCUAUCCCCAACCAACGCGCCCUCAUGACCACGCUAGUGCCCAAGUUCAAUCUCCCCAAUAUCUCGCCCGAGAUUGUCUUCAUCGUUGACCGAAGUGGGAGUAUGCAUGGGAAAAUAGAACUCCUCGUCGCUGCCAUGAAAGUCUUCCUGAAAUCGUUGCCGGUUGGUGCCAAGUUCAACAUUUGUUCCUUUGGAUCGUCGUUCUCGUUCCUCUUCAAGAAGAGUACAACAUACGAUCAGUCAAGUCUCAAGGAUGCCCUCAACCACCUGGACACGUUCGACGCAAAUUACGGCGGUACGGAAAUGCUGCAACCCGUCAAGGCCACAGUGGAGAACCGCUUUAAAGAUCUUCCGCUUGAGGUCAUGUUGCUCACGGACGGCCAGAUCUGGAAUCAGCAGGAGCUGUUCACUCUCGUGAAGGAGACGCCCAACGCACGCUUCUUCUCUUUGGGGAUUGGUCACGGUGCUUCACCGGCACUGGUCGAGGGGAUCGCCCGCGCCGGAAACGGGUUUGCGCAGUUCGUUGGCCCCGACGAAAAGAUGGACAAGCGGGUUGUGCGCAUGUUGAAAGGUGCCCUCACACCUCACGUGACUGACUAUACACUUGAGGUCAAAUAUACGGACGAUUCUGAAGAGGAAGACUUUGAGAUGGUUGACCGAGAGAACAAGGAAGAAGCUGUGGUUCCUGUUGUGUCCAAGAAACCCAUUUCCCUCUUUGACCCCACGGCUACCGAGGAACCAACCAACCCUCCUGCCAACCGCUAUGACAACUUGCCGGCCAUCUCAGUCCCUAAGGUCAUUCCAGCACCGUACAAGAUUCCCGCGCUCUUCCCAUUCAGUCGCACCACCGUCUAUCUCCUGCUGUCACCCGAGGCGCCACGGAAGACCCUGAAAUCGGUGGUGCUUCGCGGCACCAGUUCUCAUGGCCCUCUUGAACUGGAGAUUCCCGUCCAAGACGUCGGCGUGGGCGAGACAAUUCAUCAACUCGCGGCUAAGAAAGCCAUCCUCGAGCUCGAAGAAGGGGGUGGCUGGAUUGCCAACGCACGAAAUGCUGACGGCCAGCUCUUGAAGUCAGUGCAUGAAGGAAAAUGGGAUCUUAUCGUCGAACGAGAAGCUGUCCGUUUGGGGGUUGAAUUUCAGGUUGGAGGGAAGUGGUGCUCGUUUGUUGCUGUGGAUAACAAUGCGAAGACAGUCGAAGAGCAUGCGUCCAAGCCCCUCCCCCUGCAACCCAGACGUCGACUCCUCCCGGAUCGUGAUAUAAUGGAUACAUCGCUGCCUGAGCUGAAGAGGUCGCAGCUGCGGGAGCUGGCCAGCAUUUGCUCGGCUACGGUUCCCGCCCCUCCGCCUGCAUCUUCCAGUAUGCUGUUUUGUGCAGCCCCGCCAGCUCCUAGUCAAUCUUCCCGCAGCUUCGGUGGCGGCGAGGCGCGCUUCACGGACAUCCGCCGCCCUCCAGCCGGUGGUGGUGGUGGUGAGAUGCGCUGUUCAGACCUCGGCAGCCGACCAGCCGGUGGUCGUGGGGGAUUUCUUUCUAGAAGCGUCAAUACUACACCACCGUGGCGGGCAAAGUGGAGUCGCUCCGGAUCUGGUAGUGCGGGACAAGAAGCCCUUCCGGGGGAGGAGGCUGGACCACCCAAGGCUCCUGUCGACAUGUCUGCGUUGAGCAACGGCGAAAAGAUGCAUCGGCUCAUCGGAUUGGUCGAGUUUGAUGGGUCAUGGCUCCGUUCCAACCAUCUUCUCGCCCUCCUCGGUGUCACUGAGCAACAAUUUACCAGCGUCAGUGUGCCCGUCGCCGACGCAGGCGCGGACACUGUCAGAGCUACGGUGCUGGCGGUCGCGUGGUUGAAGGCCAAAGUUGCGUCCGAGAAAGAUGUCUGGGAGAUGGUGGCGGAGAAGGCCACGGAAUGGUUGGCGACGAGACUGGGGGGCGAGGAGAAGGCGAACAAGGCCAUUGAGCAGGCCGAAAGUCUUGUCUGAAGAGACACGAAGUGUGAUGCUCAGGACGCGUUCUACAUCAAGGUCGGUCGGGAUGCUGUUUCCAACCCACUAAGCAGUGGAACGAAAAGCACAGGAUUAAUCACUAGGGGAAAUGAUCAGAGAAAUACCAAAAAAAAAAGGCAAGGGAUGAGUGUUUGAUUGCUUGAAAAGGAAACAGAAAUACCCGGGGGGAGAAAAAAAGGAUGGGAGGAUAUUGUUCUUUGCACAACGAGAGAUACCCAAAAGGGAUGGAUUGAGGAAAUGGAGAUAGGUUGAACAUCAUGGUCAGUUGAGACAGUGGUUCAGGGAUUUGCAGAUACUGCUGCUGGCUGAGAGAUAGCAACGAUCAUGGUUGACACUGCCAAGGUAACAAUGUGCCCUUUGGUGCGAAAAGCACUGGGAAGACUUGAAUGCUUGAUAAUGAUUCAGCAAGCCCCUCUUUUUGAGCAUCUCUAUUCCCUCGCCAGGAAUCAGAAACAUACUGGUGCCCAAGCAACGCUAAGCCGGAGACGCUGGCGCAACAGAUCGACGGGGAAGACUAGAUGUGGAGGCAAUAUUCGCUUUGGGGAGCAAGAACCGUGAACAUGAGAAAUCCCG